ACCCGGUUCAUGCGGGGACACGCACCGUCCUGAGCUGAACCGCACGUUACAAAUAGGAGCUGCGACAUUCCAAGUGGAGCAGAGUGGAGCUGCGCAACACCGGAGGUAUUACGCACCGCGGCGCAUUGUACGUGCGGCAUCGAACCAGCGAGGAGGACACAGGGACGCGCUCCGGCUCGUGCGUAAAGACGCAGAGAAACACGCAUCGUUCAUCACAGGGGGCACUGUUGCUGCAUCGCCUCCUUCCCACAGAGUGACGCUCAGCACCUCACAGACUCUCCAGCCUCAUCCAGCUCUGAGAUGUUCGAGGAGGAGUCCCAGCACAUGAGGGGGCAGCAGGACGUGGCCGUGCUCCAGACGCUGGAGCCGGCAGCAGCAGGGGCGAGUCCAGCCGGAGGUGGAGAAGGUCGCUCUGGGCCGCUGUCCUUCACAGACGAGGCCGUGUCCAUCCUGACCUCCAGCAGCCUGUUGGCCCGCUCCCUCCUGGGGCGCAGCUCGGCCAUCAAACGCAAGGAGAGCCCGUCUUCCAGCAUCCGACGCAAGCGCGAGUUCAUCCCCAGCGAGAAGAAGGACGACGGCUACUGGGACAAGAGGAAGAAGAACAACGAGGCGGCGAAGCGCUCCAGGGAGAAGCGGCGAGUGAACGACAUGGUCCUGGAGAGUCGGGUUCUGGCUCUGCUGGAGGAGAACGCUCGUCUCAGGGCAGAGCUGCUGGCUCUGAAGUUCCGCUUCGGCCUGGUCAAAGACCCGUCCAACGCCCCCGUCCUGCCCCUCACCUCAACUUCUCACCACAACACUCAGACCUUGACUCCUCACUAUCACCUCCACGGGGGGGACGGAGGCCACCACGGCUCCUCAGCCUCACACAGCAGCCACCAGACGGGCCAGCUGAGCACCCGAGGCUCCAGGGACGCCGGCCACAUGUCGGAGGACUCUGGAUUCUCUACGCCGGGGGGGUCCAGCGUGGGCAGCCCCAUCUUCUUUGAAGACCGGCUCAGCGAUCAUGGGAAGUUAUCACCUCACAGGGCAGAGGAGCUGGGCUACGACCUUCACCACUCACCUGCCGAGGUCCACCACACGGCGGGGCUCACCGGAGGGAGGCCGGACUACGUGGACACCAUGAAAAACCUGCCCCACAAGCUGCGUUUCAAGACGACAGGAAGUGGGGACGGGUUCGAUGCUGCAGGGGACCACGGCUGUGCCCGACGCAGCCCCACGCUCAAAGGACUGAGUUUAGGCGAGACGGGAGCGGGGCAGUGCGCCGGCCCCUGGCUCCAGCAGCUGGAGGGGGACGAGGGACGGCGGGGGAGACAGUCCCCUCAGUACAACCCGUCAGCAGCCGGCUACAGCCUCCAGGCUCCGCCCACACAAGGACACCCGGAGGCGGCGUGUCAGCCGGGGAACACGCACCUGAAGACUCAGCUCAACUCCCUGAGCGAGGAGGUGGCUCAGCUCAAGAAGCUCUUCACACAGCAGCUCAUGGCCAAAGUCAACUGAGGACGUCCAGGUUCACUGGAGCUGGUCCUGGACUCACAAAGACUGAUUGAACCCAACGCUCGAGUCUAAUAAAUGUGUUGUUUUCAUAUGUUCUAUUCUAAUAACUCUCGUAACCUGCUGUGGAACAACUACUGAAGCUCGACAACUACUUCAUCAUCGUUGCUCAGACUGUUUUCUGUGAUCGUGUUAAAUGUAAAACAAUCGUGUUAAAUUCACACUGUGACGACUGCAAACACACAACAUGAAGCUGUUUGCCUCACAUCAUCACAUGAACUCACACAGCCUCACUCCAUUUAGAGACACAACCGGCUGUGGUGAUUCAGAAGCUGUGUUAAAUACAAGUGGAACCUGAGCAGCAGGUUUUCAACACAACCUGAUGUUUGGUCAAAUUGGCAGCACCUGCAGCGGACAGUAAAAACAUCCAGAAACGUAUUGUUGUUGUUCGUUGACAGAAAACUUUGUUACGUUUGUUUGUUUAAUGUAAAUCUGCAUCAUAUGAAUAGGAGUUUUUAAAUUUUUUCAUUUCAGGUGAUACACUGUAACAUGAUGUAAUGUGAUGACUCUGUGUCUCUCUACGUUUUCAUAUUAAAAACAAAUAAAUGUGA